CUGGGUGUAGUUGAGCGCCAGCGGCCGGAGAGGAGAGGCGUUCCUCACCUCCCGCCAGUCAUAACAUGGACAUUGUGCUAUAGUUAACCCUCGACACACUCAUGGCGCACUCUACCAUCAACGGCCACCAUAGCCCCAACAAGCGGGUGUAUAAGGUGGUUCUGACGGGCGGACCGUGUGGGGGCAAGACCACCGGACAGUCCAGACUCUGCACCUUCUUUGAGAACCUCGGCUGGAAGGUGUAUCGGGUCCCAGAGACUGCCACUGUCUUGUUGAGUGGUGGCAUCAAGUUUGGUGAUCUGUCGCAGGAUGACGCUGUUGCCUUCCAAGAGAAUCUCCUCAAAUCUAUGAUGCAGAUUGAGAACACCUUCUUCAGUCUGGCAGAGACAUGUAGGAAGAACUGCCUGGUGAUCUGUGACCGUGGAACCAUGGAUGCAUCUGCAUUCAUCCCAGAGGAGCGAUGGGAGGGGAUCAUGAAGAGCAAUGAGUGGAACCCUGUGGAUCUGCGGGACACGAGGUAUAACCAGAUCAUCCACAUGGUGUCCGCUGCCAAUGGAGCCGAAGCUUUCUACACCACUGAGGACCAUGCCUGCCGUAGUGAGAACAUCGAGCUGGCUCGUCAGUUGGAUAACAGGGCUGCAGAGGCAUGGGUUGGUCACCCCUAUUUCGAUGUCAUUGAUAAUUCCUCCGAGUUUGAUACAAAGAUGCGGCGUAUGAUCAGUGUGGUGUGCCAGAAGCUUGGUAUUGACACUGGCGACAGACUCAGCACCAAUGCUCGCAAGCUCAAGUUCCUGGUCAAGGGACCACUUCCCCCACACACCGUCUUCCCCAACUUCCAGGACUUCAACGUCGAGCAUAUUUAUCUCCGGACCAACUCCAGGAAAAUGCAGGCCCGUCUCAGAAAACGUGGCAAGAAUGGUCAUCACAGCUAUACACACACAAUACGCAAGCCAGAGCAGCUGGGGCAGAUUGUGGAAGUUAAGACUCCCAUCAGCCAACGAGAUUGGAACAAUAUGUCAGCGCAAGCAGAUGAGCAUCACUUGAAAAUAUAUAAGAAGCGGAGGUGCUUCCUUCACAACAACCAGUACUUCCAGCUUGAUAUAUACCAGCAGCCUUGUCAUCAAAGGUGUGAAGGGCUUAUCCUCUUGGAGACAUAUUCCACUCUUCCUUCUGAGGAACUGCAGCGCCGCCUGCCCUCUUUCCUCACUAUUGACUCGGAAGUAACAGGCCGCCCUGAUUACUCCAUGUUCAACCUGAGCUUACGCGAUGAGUGGGGCGUUACCAACAAAUUCUGUGUCAACAUUGCAGCUGAAGCUGAGGAGGCAGCGUGUGGCUCUUGUCCCGGCUCCGGGCUCAACAUGCACCUGCACCACCACAGUCCCCUCCUUGCUUCACCCAAACUGUCCUCUUCGCAUCACGCUCAUUUAGAGUCAUUAGCUCCAUAUAACCCCAUUCUUCCCACUCAUUUUGAGGUAAUGAUCAAGAAAUCCCUUCCGGCCACGUCCACAAUACCAUUCGCCAGCCUCAAGGACAGCGUCAGUAUGGACACGAGAGGUAUCGACAUCCCGCCUCCUAUCAGUGUAGUUAAUGGACCAGUAAAAGUGACUAAUGGCUUUUGCAUCCCAGAACAUUAAGGAUGGUAUACAGUGUGACCUGAUUAGUAUUAUAUGUGAUGAAUAUUUCUGUGUCAAGGUCAACUAUGAACAGUAAGAUGUAUUAAAUAUAGUAUACAAUAGAUGAAUUUCCUAUCAUUGGGAUGAUUUCAAGGUAAUGGAAGAUGAACUUAGACUGAGGAUGUAAGGCGGCGUAUUAAUAUCCAAGCAAAGCUCAUUAAAGUAUAUAUAUUGUAGUUACUGUAUACGCUGUAUUAACUGUCGUGACAGACUUCAUCCCUAUACAGUACUUCCAAAAGCAGCUGAAGGUAUGGAGUCCAACCCCAUAACACAUUACAGUGGACAAGGAGCAGGAGCUGUCAAGUAGAACAAACACAGCAGUCAAGGACUAGCAUCAAUCACUCGGUGAUAAGCUUCUACAGAACUUGAGGCAGCUCGUCAUUGAGUGGAAUGUUACCAUGUUCUUGGUAGGUGUAUAUAUCACUUGUACUGUCUGUGCUUAAACAUAAAGAUUUUAGCAACAAAGCUAUACUAUAGCAUGUCAAGGCUCCCUAGUGGAUAGUUCACCAAUUGUACUUAACUAUUUUGGAUUGAAUGUCACCUUGAAGCAUAUAUUUAAACAUGAGAGAUGUUAACAACAAUAAACGUCAAUAUAC